AUGCCAUCCCAGAACACCCCCAUCCCCCACCACCGCCAGAUCUGGCUUCAGCAAGCUGACCCGGAGAUCCGUAUCCACUACAUCGAAUACCUCCCCACCUCUAGCGAGCCUAAGGGAACCAUUCUCCUCAUCCACGGCUUCCCAGAGACAUCCUACCAAUUCCGUCAUGUCACCAUCCCUCUCGCUGAAGCCGGCUACCGAGUCAUAGUUCCAGACUAUCGUGGUGCUGGGUACUCGUCCCACCCGCCUGAUGGCUACACCAAGGAUGUACUCGCUCAGGAUUUGUACAAAUUGGUGACGGAGCAUGUGGGCGUCAAAGAGCCGAUCCAUGUCGUGGGGCAUGAUAUUGGGGGAAUGAUCGCCCAUGCGUAUGUAGCCCAGUUCCCCUCCAACGUCGCCAGCGUCAUCUGGGGCGAGUGUCCACUCCCCGGCACCAAAUUCUACGAAGACAACAAACACACCGCUCCCCUCUGGCACUUCGAUUUUCAAGCCCAAUCCGACAUCGCCGUCUCUCUUGUAUCGGGCAAAGAGAAGAUCUACCUGAAACACUUCUAUGACCGGCUGGCUCAGAACCCGGAGGCGUUCUCAAAUGAGGACUUGGAGUUCUACGCAACGCAGUAUUCGAUGCCUGGCGCCUUGAGAAGCGGGUUUCACGUCUAUAGGAUGUUUGAGACGGAUGCGGUGCAUAACCAAGAGUGGCUCAAGAAGAACGGGAAGGUGGAGGUCAGGUCAAUGAUCUUGAGUGGGGAGCAUGUUUUCAUGACGGCGAGUGCGUUGGAAAUGGCGAGCGAGAUGUACAGCAAUGUUGAGCGAGGCAUUGUGGAGGGGAGCGGGCAUUGGCUUGCGGAGGAGAAUCCGGAGGACUUUGUGAGGAAGGUUCUGGGAUUUGUGGAGAAGAGGUAG